AUGAAGUUGUGCUGGGCUCUUCUCACCCUGGCGUUCGCCGUGUGCGUUCACGCCAGCUCAUGGCGCGCUUACUAUGGUUUAUCCACCUCUGCAUACCAAGCCAAGUUCGACGAAAUGGUCGACCAAGGCUACCAACUUAACUCUGUCGACGGAUACGAGAAGAACAAAGAGCCAGCCUUUGCUGUGAUCUUUGAGAAAAGACCCACCAUUGCCUGGCGGUCGCAUUCAGGCAUGACAUCGGAGCAAUACCACCAACGGUUCACGGAAUAUCUCGAUCAGGGAUACCAUGUCGUCCAGGUGAACGGGUACAACGUCAAGGGGAAAGAGUACUACGCUGCAAUCUGGGACAAGGGUCCCGUUGGACCCUGGAUCUCUAGACAUGGCAUGUCUGCCGAGUGGAUGCAGAAGUACUUCGAUGAGUACGUCGAGGCAGGAUAUCAAAUGAUUCAUGUGAGCGGAUACGAGGCAAAGCACGAGGCUCGGUAUGCUGCGGUAUGGGAGAAGAAAGACGACCAGACGGAGUGGGUGUCGAGGGGCAACUUGACCGCGUUGCAAUAUCAGACUACCUUUGAUGAGUACGUGCAGAAGGGGUACAGGCUGGUCCAAGUCUCUGGUUAUCAGGUCGAUGGAGACGUAUAUUACUCGGCUGUUUUCGACAAGACUGCCUCGGGUCCGUGGGUAGCUCGCCACGCACUGGAUUCGCCGACGUUUCAAGCAGAGUUCGACAAGUACAAGAGCCAGGGUUACGUCCUGCGGACCUUGAGUUCCUACAAUGAUGGAAAUGAGCCUCGCUUUGCCGGGAUCUGGGUGAAGCCGACCUAA